AUGGAGUUCGGCUUGCUCAGCGAGGCGGAGGCCCGGAGCCCUGCCCUCUCGCUGUCAGAUGCGGGCACGCCCCACCCCCCCCUUCCAGAACACGGCUGCAAGGGCCAAGAGCACAGCGACUCCGAGAAGGCCUCGGCCUCGCUGCCGGGUGGCUCCCCAGAAGAUGGCUCGUUGAAGAAGAAGCAGCGGCGCCAGCGCACCCACUUCACCAGCCAGCAACUGCAGGAGCUGGAGGCGACCUUCCAGAGGAACCGCUACCCGGACAUGAGCACUAGAGAAGAGAUCGCCGUGUGGACCAACCUCACCGAGGCCCGCGUGCGGGUGUGGUUCAAGAACCGGCGCGCCAAGUGGCGAAAGCGCGAGCGCAGCCAACAGGCCGAGCUGUGCAAGGGCGGCUUUGCAGCGCCGCUCGGGGGGCUGGUGCCACCCUACGAGGAGGUGUACCCCGGGUACUCAUACGGCAACUGGCCACCCAAGGCCCUCGGCCCACCGCUCGCCGCCAAGACCUUCCCGUUCGCCUUCAAUUCGGUCAACGUGGGGCCCCUGGCUUCACAGCCCGUCUUCUCGCCACCCAGCUCCAUCGCCGCCUCCAUGGUGCCCUCCGCUGCGGCCGCCCCGGGCACCGUGCCAGGGCCCGGGGCCCUGCAAGGCCUGGGCGGCGCUCCCCCGGGGCUGGCUCCGGCCGCAGUGUCCUCCGGGACGGUGUCCUGCCCUUAUGCCUCCGCCGCCGCCGCCGCCGCCGCCGCCGCCUCCUCCCCCUACGUUUACCGGGACCCGUGUAACUCGAGUUUGGCCAGCCUGCGGCUCAAAGCCAAACAGCACGCCUCUUUUAGCUACCCUGCGGUGCCCGGGCCGCCCCCGGCCGCCAACCUCAGUCCUUGUCAGUACGCCGUGGAGCGGCCGGUAUGAGCAGCCCCGCCCCGUCGAUCAUCCCCGAGGGCGGGGGCGAUGAUUCACAGUCUCCCCGG